AUGAUUCAUCAUCAUCUUACUGUUUCCAAAUCCAUUCAAUUCAUCCUUCUUUUCUGCACUCUCUAUUUUCUUUCUUUUGUCGCCUUUGCAGAUCCCCCUUAUGAAACUUGUUCCACAAGAAACAGCUAUACAAAUCGAAGUUCUUUCGAGAACAAUCUAAGCAACCUCCUUCACUCUUUACCCUCUAAUGUUUCAGCUUCAAUCUCCAAAUUCGGUAAUACUUCUUCAGGAAUUGGCCUAGAUAGAGUUUAUGGUCUCUACAUGUGCCUUGACUUCGUUUCAAACGAAACUUGCCACAAAUGUGUAACAAACGCAAUAGAAGACAUAGUAAAACUUUGUCAUCAAUCAGAAGAAGCAGUUGUAUAUGAAGAAUUCUGUCAAUUACGUUAUUCAAAUAAAAAUUUCAUAGGCUCCUUGAACGUUACCGGGAACAUCGGGAAAGAUAAUGUACAGAAUAUUUCGGAACCCGAGAAAUAUGAAUCUGUUGUGAAUAAGAUAUUGAAUAAUCUUACUGAGAUAGCGUCCUCUAACGUUUCUUCGAACAUGUAUGCUACUGGAAAAGUAGCUUUUGACGAUAAAACAGUAUAUGCUUUAGUGCAGUGUACACAGGAUUUAUCAGCCAAUGAUUGCAGUAAGUGUCUGCAAAGUGCUAUUGGAGAUAUACCAGGUUGUUGCUAUGCCUCCAUUGGUGCACGAGUUUGGAGUCGUAGCUGUUAUUUGAGAUAUGAGUUUUAUCCAUUUUAUCUUGGUGGAACAGAAUCCACAAGUUCUUCAACUAACCAUGGAGGGAAAAAUAAAUCAAGAAAAAUAUGGAUGAUUACUGCUAUUGCAGUUGGGUUAGUCUUGGUGAUAAUAAUUAUCAUUUUCUACUUAUGCUUUAUCAGAAAUUGGAAAAGAAGGAACGGACAAGGUAAUAUAUCUAACGAUUUCCCUUUUAUUGAUAUUGGUUCUCUUUGCGUGGCUACCAAAAACUUCUCCGAUUCAAAUAAGCUCGGGCAAGGUGGAUUUGGUCCUGUUUACAAGGGUAUACUUAGUGACGGCAUGGAAGUGGCAAUCAAGAGGCUCUCAACUUGUUCUGAGCAGGGUUCAGAAGAAUUCAUCAAUGAGGUUAUGUUGAUAUUGAAACUUCAACACAAAAAUCUUGUAAAGCUUCUGGGAUUUUGUGUUGAUGGAGAAGAGAAGCUUCUUGUUUAUGAAUAUUUGCCCAAUGGUAGCCUUGAUAUUGUCCUUUUUGAGCAAAGUGCACAUCUUGAUUGGACUAAACGUGUUGAUAUAAUAAAUGGAAUAGCAAGAGGCGUUCUCUAUCUUCAUGAAGAUUCUAGACUUAAAAUAAUACAUAGAGAUCUAAAAGCAAGUAACAUAUUGUUGGACUGUGACAUGAAUCCAAAGAUUUCAGACUUUGGCAUGGCAAGGAUAUUUGCAGGAAGUGAAGGCGAAGCUAACACUACCACGAUAGUUGGAACAUAUGGAUAUAUGGCUCCAGAAUAUGCAAUGGAGGGUCUAUAUUCUAUAAAAUCUGAUGUUUUUGGCUUUGGAGUACUAUUGCUUGAGAUCAUUACAGGUAAACGUAAUGCAGGUUUCUGUUACUCCAAAAGCACUUCUAGUCUACUAGCAUAUGCAUGGCAUCUAUGGAACAAUGGAAAGGGAUUCGAAUUAAGGGAUCCGUUAUUAUUAUGUCCCGAAGACCAGUUUUUGAGAUACAUGAAUAUUGGAUUGCUAUGUGUUCAAGAAGAUGCAUUUGAUAGACCAACCAUGUCUUCUGUUGUUUUGAUGUUGAUGAAUGAAUCAGUAAUGCUUUGCCAACCUGAAAAACCUCCUUUCUCGGUAGGGAGACUCAAUGUUAUUGAUCCAAAUGUCCUAGAUUUGGAAGAUUACUCGGUCAAUCUGUUAACUAUUUCUGAUAUCUUACCCGUGUAA